AUUGAGUUCGCAACACUGCAACGUUGAAGUCGGCCAUUUUGUAGUUUCUACGGUGACUGUUGCACGUGUUUCAUCGCCAAAAUGGCAGUUACAAAGAAGCCAGUAGCUAAGAAACCCCAAUUGCACCAGAAAACUGGUAAGAAAGGUGUCAAAGGUGGGAAAAUUCGCGGUAAAGGCAGCAAGAGGAAGAUCAGCCUCAAGUUCGUUAUUGACUGCACACAUCCCGCCGAAGACAGCAUCCUUGACGUAGGCAACUUCGAGAAAUACUUGAAGGAACAUGUGAAAGUCGAGGGCAAAACUAAUAACCUAGGCAAUCACGUUGUCAUCGCUAGGGAUAAGACCAAAGUUUCCAUCAAUGCAGACAUCCCAUUCUCCAAGAGGUACCUGAAGUACUUGACGAAGCGUUACCUCAAGAAGAACAACCUCCGUGACUGGCUCCGUGUCGUAGCCUCAGAACAUGACGCUUAUGAACUCCGCUACUUCAACAUCAAUGCGGACAGUGACAAUGAGGAUAAUGAAGAUUAAGCCGUCUAAUAAAUAGUUUUACACUAACAA